UAAAGUCAAUCCCAUUCGCCACAAGCAAAGUUCAUAGUAAACCAGCAAUUGUGGCGUCUAUGUUGAUAGAUGGAAUGCUUCAGCUUUCUCAUAAUGACACUCUUGCUAGUAUUUUUCCAUACAAUGUAACACUCUGAUCAACAUGGACCUCACUGACAUCUCAAUUGAAACUUCGAAGGUGCUGAGGAAUGAUUCAGAUAAGAACAAGGCCUCUUUUUGGGCAUCGUUAUUGGGACGCAUUAGAGGAUACACCCAGACAAACUGGUGCACAGAACAGAUUCAGCUUUUGAAGCUUGCGGGACCUGUGUUCCUUUCCCAGUUGAUGAUCUUCUUAAUCGGUACCAUCAGCAAGGUGUUCUGUGGCCAUCUGGGGAAAAAGGAAUUUGCAGCUGUAUCAUUGGCAACUACAGUGGUUGAUAUGACUGCUCUUUCCAUUGGGACUGGAUUGUCAUUAACUUGUGAUACCCUCAUUUCUCAGACGUUUGGAAGUGGAAACCUGAAGCGAGUGGGGGUGAUCCUCCAGAGGGGGGUUCUGAUUCUACUGCUGGCGUGUUUCCCCUGCUGGGCUGUCCUCAUCAACACUGAACUGCUUCUACUCCUUUGCAAACAGAGCCCAGAGGUGGCCAGAUUGGCUCAACUUUAUGUAAAGAUCUUCAUGCCUGCUCUGCCGGCGGUAUUCAUGCAUUAUCUGAUGGGAAAAUACCUUCAAAACCAGAGGAUUAUUUGGCCACAGGUCAUAACUGGUGCAAUUGGAAACAUUUUAAAUGCCACGAUCAAUUAUGUCUUCCUCCAUCUUCUGCAUUGGGGAGUUGCUGGGUCUGCUGCAGCAAAUCUGAUCUCACAGUAUGUUUUGCCCGUGAUCUUACUGUCUUAUAUUUGCUGGAGGGGGUUGCACAAAGCCACAUGGGGAGGCUGGUCACUGCAGUGUCUGCACGAGUGGAGAACCUUUGCCAAGCUGGCCAUCCCGAGCAUGCUCAUGUUUUGGAUGGAGUAUGGAUCUAUGGAAGUGGGAGGAUUCCUUGUUGGCCAAAUCAGUGAAGUUGAGCUAGCAGCCCAGGCUGUGAUGUGUGAACUGACAGUUAUAACUGGCUUGUUGUCACUUGGAAUUUCUUCUGCUGCUUGUGUCCGAGUGGGGAAUGCGCUUGGUGCAGGAAACAGUGAGCAAGCCAAGCUGUCUUGCAAAGUUUCCAUCAUCUUUACAUCUGUAGUGGCUUGUUGUGUUGGAGUUUGCCUCACCCUCUCCAAGGAUGCAGUUGGCAACAUUUUCACUAAAGACCUGGACAUUUUGAAACGGACUUCUGAUGUCAUGGUUGUUUUUUUUUAUAUUCACCUUUCUGAUGCUGUUGGGAAUGUGGGUGGAGGUGUCAUUCGAGGAGUUGGGAAACUCAAGUUCGGUGCUGCGUUUAACUUAAUUGUGCACUAUUGCAUUGGCCUUCCCAUUGGUGUGUCCUUAAUGUUCGCAACAACAAUGGGCGUCGUAGGACUUUGGACCGGUCUUACCGUCUCUGUUGGACUACAGGGUAUUUUCUUCAGUGCAUUUUUGUACAAACCUGACUGGAUGAAGGCUGUUGAAAACGCUCAAAUGAGAGCAGGAGUCCAGGUCACUUUUGAAAACAUGGUGGGAAUCCAAGCGGGCGACCCAGACUUAAACACCAACCAGGCUCCGGUUGGUGCCCCCGCACCAAGAUGUGAGGUCGCCGCAGGGGACCACACGCUCCCACAGAAUCCAGGUCAUGAAAACGCGAACAACAUGGCCAGAGAUGUUCCCAGAGUAAAAGAAUUGCUUUUACGUCGUGCCUUGGUGUUACUCGUCAUGGUUGUCAUCUUUGCGGCUGGGAUCGUCGCCAGUCACUUCUUUGUCAGACUGCCGAAUUGAGUCUUGGGCCAUAUAUGGCCCCUGAACUACAAUGGCAAAUGAGUUUCUUCUUCCACUAUGUCAAACACAACCAGUGCAGGACCUGCUUCCUGCAAUUGAAGGAAAUGUUAGGAGCGGUUUCAAUUGGACAGGAUUGAAGUUUGCUUUGAACACACCCACAACAGCGCAAAUCUCUCAGUCGUGCACUGAUGUAUGCCAGUCCGUACAUGAAAUAAGAGGCCAAUACCUCGGACAUUCUGACUUUAUAAAGAUAAUGCUCAGAAAUGACAAUACCAAAGUUAUUUAUUGUUCAAAUGUAAAACUGCUUCAUCGUAUUGAAAGCAGUUGGGUAUUUUGAUGAUCCGGAUGAGCUGUAUGAGAGAGACUGAAUUAUUAUAGACAGUUCUCACUGCAAGCCACAACCACAAUUAUGAACAUAUUAUAAUUUUAAAACCUUGCAGAACAUUAAAAACUUUCGACACA